AAAUUAAAAGAAAGAAAUUCGUACAUAGUGUUUUGCUAUUCAUUUGUCGCUAAUGUGGUUUAUUUAGUACAGGCAUAUUCUUGGUUGCAUUGUUUGGGGUCCUUGUUGAAGACUCGGCGGCGGGUCUCCCGGAUAGAAACAACCGAUGUGAGGAUAAGACUGUCAAUUGAAAGAAAUAUAAUCGUUAAAAUCAAAUUGUUGGAUAUCGUCGGACCCUCCUUCGGCCAACAAUGAAUCUUGAACUGCUUGAAUCAUUUGGGCAGAACUAUCCAGAGGAGGCGGAUGGAACGCUGGACUGCAUCAGCAUGGCGCUCACCUGCACCUUCAACCGCUGGGGGACCCUCCUGGCGGUGGGCUGCAACGACGGCCGCAUUGUCAUCUGGGACUUCCUGACGCGCGGGAUCGCCAAGAUCAUCAGUGCGCACAUACACCCCGUGUGCUCCUUAUGUUGGAGUCGAGAUGGCCACAAGCUGGUGAGCGCGUCCACUGACAACAUCGUGUCGCAGUGGGACGUGCUGACGGGCGACUGCGACCAGCGCUUCCGCUUCCCCUCGCCCAUCCUUAAGCUGCAGUGUCACCCCAGAGACAUGGACAAAGUUCUGGUGUGUCCCAUGAAGUCUGCGCCGGUGCUGCUCACCCUGUCCGACUCCAAGCACGUGGUCCUGCCCGUGGACGACGACUCGGACCUGAACGUGGUGGCGGCCUUCGACAGGCGGGGCGAGUACAUCUACACCGGCAACGCCAAAGGAAAGAUUCUGGUGUUGAACACCAACACUCAAGAUCUGGUAGCGUCGUUCCGAGUCACCACCGGGACCAGCAACACCACUGCCAUCAAAUCCAUUGAAUUUGCACGCAAGGGCAGUUGCUUUCUCAUCAACACGGCGGACCGCAUCAUCCGGGUCUACGACGGCAGGGAGAUCCUGACCUGCGGCCGCGACGGCGAGCCAGAACCUAUGCAGAAACUCCAAGAUCUGGUCAACAGGACUCCGUGGAAGCGCUGCUGCUUCUCCGGGGACGGCGAGUACAUUGUGGCCGGCUCAGCCCGCCAGCACGCCCUUUAUAUCUGGGAGAAGAGCAUCGGCAACCUGGUGAAGAUCCUGCACGGCACCCGAGGGGAGCUGCUGCUCGACGUAGCCUGGCAUCCCGUGCGUCCCAUCAUCGCCUCCAUCUCAAGCGGAGUGGUGUCCAUCUGGGCCCAGAACCAAGUGGAAAACUGGAGCGCUUUUGCGCCGGACUUCAAAGAGCUGGACGAGAACGUCGAGUACGAAGAGCGCGAGUCCGAGUUUGACAUCGAGGACGAGGACAAGAGCGAACCAGAGCAGACGGGUGCGGACGCGGCCGAGGACGAGGAAGUGGACGUCACCACGGUGGACCCCAUUGUGGCUUUUUGCAGUAGUGAUGAGGAGCUAGAGGAUUACAAGGCUCUGCUGUACCUUCCCAUCGCCCCCGAGGUGGAAGAUCCCGAGGAGAACCCCUUUGGCCCCCCGCCGGACUCCACGCCUCAGGCGGGAGCCGCCGAGGAGGCGCAGGCGAGCGGCGACAAGAAGCAGCGGCCGCCUUCGUCGGAAGGAGGCCCGGCCAAGAAGAAGGCACGCACUACCAACAUCGAACUGCAGGGGGUGCCGGUCGAUGAGGUGCACCCCCUGCUGGGCGUGAAGGGGGACAGCAAGUCAAAGAAGAAGGCGGCGGGCCGGCCCAAAGGCUCCAAAGGUAAAGACAAAGACUUCCCCUUCAGGCCCAAGCCCUACAGGGGGGGCGAGCGGCCGACCUUCGCCAUGGCGGUCCUGGGCAGCUCUGGCCCGGGAGGCGGAGGUGGCGGCGGCGGCGGUGGAGGAGGAGGAGGAGGAGGAGGAGGAGGGAUGAAGGGCAGGGCAGAGGGGGGCCUGGCCACAGGUAAGUCUGCCAUUGCCCCUGGUGCUGACAGGGGGCGCUGUGCUGGUCCUGCUCCACUAAGCUACGCUGACUGACAGCUCAGCCUGUCUUCCCUGUGCUGCUCUCCCCCCUCCCUCGCCCAAACAACAACAACAAUAACAACCGCAAUCCGCCAUCGGGUCUCGAAAGCAGCGGUUCUCAAACCGGGGGUCGAAAUAAUACAGCGGAAUAAAAAUAACAAUUGUUAGUGAUUGCAUUUCAAAACGCGGGUUUUCCGGUACUUUACGUUUGGUGCCAGGCAAAAUUUUUACCAGCUCUUCUGUUCAUAGGAGAAAAACCAACAAUGCUUUGCUGAGAUUACUUAAAACGGACUACAAUUUUUUUUUUUUUUAGGUAUUUUAAGAAAUAAACCUUAUGUUACAUUACAUCGUAAUAAAUAUAUUACCUUAUGUUACAUUACAUUUUAAUACAAUCAAUAAAUUAACUUUUUAUUCAUUAUUGUGAAGAUUACAACUUAAAUUUUCUUUAUUCUCAUAAUAUUGCUUGUUUGCCCCCCCUCAUCCCCCAAACAAAUCCUCAUAACUACUACUGCUUUUAUUUCCCUCAAAAAUAGGCAACUUUUUACUAAUCCUUUGGCAUUCAGGGCUUUUUCGAUUCUUUUAAGAUGCGUAAUUUUUAAAGAAUAAUGUAUUUUUGAAAUUCACUCCUCAAAAUAUUACAUUUUUCUUCAAAAGUGAUGAAUUUUUCUCCAAAUUAUGCAACUUUUUAUUACAGUUUUUAUGGUCAUAAUUCCCGGCCGACAGAGUGCAACUGGUGAUAAGCCUCGGUAACAGUUUUUAAUGCUAGCGCGGCAGCUGUGGGGGGAAAAAAAAAAGUCGCAGCUUGUAGGCCGGAAAUGACGGUAGUUAUGAUUGUUGUUUCUUUUGGAAAAAACGUCCCCUCUGAAAAGACUUCCUUGAUCCCGAAAGUUUGAGAACCCUGCUCGGUUCAAAGUCACAGUCUGAGUCACCGGACAUUUCACUAAGAACACCGGCAACGCCUCCUGACCUCAAAUGCGGGACAUUUUUGUCCAUCUGACUGACUAAAACGGAAUGUUCCAGGCCAUGCUGUUGCACUCCAUUCCACUAGUUGGCAGUAAUGCCAACACAAACACAAACCGCAUAAUUUACACUUGCCCCCAAUGCGAGCGGACUAUCGCAAAGUCAUGUCCACACUUUAAACUGGAUUUGAACUAAAAGGUAACUUUGAGGACUUUCAAUUCACACUAAUUCAGUUUUUCCUUUUUAUUGUGUAGUUUGGGGAGGGGACUUCCAGGCUUUGCGUAAGUUUGCAUACCCCUGCCUUGGAAAGUGUACCUAAUAGUGUACCAUGAUUCCCCACGCGACCAAGUGAAAACGAUGCCUUGUGCGUUCGGACUGUGGUUUUGUGACUUGAAACAAGACUAAUUAAUGAUUGGCUGCACUACUUCCCGCUUGGCCCUCCUGCUCCCCCGUUCCCGCCUCGCUCCUCUGGCCUUCUUUGUUUUUUUUUAGUUGUGCUGCUCACUUCCUGUCCCUUUUUGUCCUCUCUUCAGUUGACUUAACUUCAUCUUUACCAACACUUUCUUCUUCUACGUCAGCAACAGUAGACACAACGUCCUGCCUGUUUCCCAUUUGUGCGCCGAAGAAAUGUUUUGCAAAGUUGUGCCCAAACUCCGACAGUGGUGAUAAUUACCGUAUUUCCCGAAACUGCGGCCUUCGACUCAAAUAGGCACCGCGCGCCAAUUAACUGCAACACAUAACGUCACAAACAAAGGCUUGAAUUGUCAAGGCGUGGGUCUAAAUGUAUAUAAUUAAACAGUUUAUGCCACAAUUUUUCAUCGAAUGGACAUUGUGCUACUCCUUGUCUGUGCGCCGUGGCUGCCAGACAUGAAAAACUCAACCAUAAUGUCAGUAAUUUUUUUUUGUCAGCCAUUGUCACCAACGCCGAGAGGGAGCGCAGUGCAGCUCUUCUAGUCUAUGUGUUGCGCCCCCAUUUGUGUUCAAACAACUUCUGCUUUAAUGUGUCGUAACUUAUGAGCACCCUUACACCUCCCCUUUAUCAAAAACGUUUUGCAUCGUAUGCUAGCAUUUAGCUGAAAUGACUUUCAGCACGGUGGAUCAGCUGGUAAAGCAUUGGGCACACACUUCUGAGGACCCAGGUUCGAUCCCGGCCCCGCCUGUGUGGUGUUUGCAUGUUCUCCCCGUGCCUGUGUGGGUUUUCUACGGUUUCCUCCCACAUCCCUAAAACCUGCAUUAAUUGGACGCUCUAAAGUGCGAUUGGCUGGCGACCAGUUCAGGGUGUACCCUGCCUCCUGCCCGUUGACAGCUGGGAUAGGGUCCAGCACUCCCUGCGACCCUUGUGAGGAUAAGUGACAAAGAAAAUGGGUGAAUAGUACAAAUUGGCCACUAAUCAUCUUUCAGCUAAAAUAAAGGAUAAAUGAAAGUAAUAAGCUCCAACUAGGGACAUUAUUGAGAAAUUGUGAUUGGAUUACAGGGUGAGGAAAAUGUGCUUCUGUUCGAGUCUGACUGGUUUACCGGCACCUGACUAGCGGUCUGCUCCUA